AUGAUAUUUGACAGCAAAUUCACAUGGGUCCCACACCUCAAAAAUCUAAAAAAUGAAUGCAAGAAGAGAAUGAAAGUCAUCAAAACGCUGUCCCACCACACAUGGGGUUCCGAAAAAAACACUCUCAUCACCAUAUACAAAUCACUCAUCGUAUCCAAAAUUGACUAUGGUUCUUUAAUUUACUACUCAGCCAACCACAACAUCUUACGUACAAUUGACCCAGUUCACAAUGAAGGAGUAAGACUCUCAAUAGGAGCUUUCCGUACGAGCCCAGUUUCCAGUAUUCUUUGCAUCGCAGGCGAACCACCUCUCCAGAUCCGAAGAAACAAAGAAAUCUUAAAAUACGUGGCAAAAAAAAAAAACCUUGAAUACCACAUGGCAUCACAAAUAUUCACCUCCUCUCCUAGCCUCAGAACUCCAUUGAAACAUGAAAAAAUCAUUGACACAUACACCAAACUGUGCAAUAAUUCAAACUGCAUCAUUAACACAGACACCCUCUUUCCUUUUACGUCAACUCCCUACUGGCAAUGGUCCCCUAAAAUAAAUACCCAACUCCUCCAUUUCAAAAAGGAUAGCACCUCUCACACAACUAUUAUAGCAAACUUUAAUGACAUUUUGCACACCGAAUUUCAAGAUUUUAAUCAUAUCUAUACCGAUGCCUCCAAAACCUCUGUCGGAGUAGGAUUCGCUUACUCUACAAGCCACUCCUCAAAACGAUUUAAGCUCCUCCCUGAAGCCAGCAUAUUCACAGCGGAAACCCAAGCUAUCAAAGAAGCCAUAAUGUUCGGAAAGUCAACAUUAUCAAAUAAAAUCUUAAUAAUCAGCGACUCCCUAAGUGCCCUUCUAGCAAUCGAAGCACCGAACCCCUCUAAUGAGAUAAUCUGUCAAAUACAUAAUAUCAUCACAUCGACCCAUAAAUCAAUCGAAUUCAUGUGGGUUCCCUCACAUACGGGCAUUCCUGGAAAUGAAAAAGUAGAUAUACUAGCAAACGAGGCAAUCACCUCGUCCUCAUCCUCAACCAUUACCACCCUCCCAUUCCAAGACGUCAAAAGAUGUAUAAAUAUACAUACUUCCAAUAUGUGGCAAACAUCCUGGGAUGAAAUACCAAUCACCAAUAAACUUAAAUCAAUUAAAAAGAAAAUCACUAAAUGGUACACUCAGCCCAAUGCCUCCAGACGAUCCGAAACCAUCAAUACCAGAACAAGAAUCGGCCAUACCAAUCUCACCCACAUUCACAUCAUAAAACAUGAAGAACAACCUCUCUGUAGCCAAUGUAACGAACCACUCUCAAUCAAACAUAUAGUCUUAGACUGCCCGCUAUAUGUCAACGAAAGAAACAUCCUUAACCAACCAUCAACGAUGGAGGAAGCUCUAGGAGAACAUAACACGCACUUGAUCCAUACCUUCUUCAAAUCCAUCGGCAUUGACACAAAAAUUUAA